AUGGGUAAUACAUCUAGAUAUAAUGAACUGGUAGAGCUCUUGUACAAAGAUCCAUCAAGUCCAGACGCUCCUUCUACUUUAAAACUCUAUACAUGGAUCGUUGUCCUGUCGCAGUCUGUGUCACUCCUUGAUAAAUCAUGUUCUAAUCUGGUUGAGGCUGUCUUACAGGUGGAUUGGAGUUUUAGAAAUAGAGGAUUUGUGAAUGCCUACAUUGACUUUUUGGAAAACCUGGUAUCUGCACACGCUAUCUACGUCGCUCCUAUUAUCAACUCGUUGGUACAGGGCUUUAGAUUCCGAAACCAUCUUCCUCAGAACACAAAGAUCACUAGAACACAAGCCUAUGAUAGAUAUCAUGAAGCACUCCAAUGCAUACUUCAGCUUAUCCCAACCGGUGCCAACUCACUUUUUGUGAGUCUCGUUCGUCAUAUGCCACAUAAACGAUUCAAUUCAGCAGAACAAGCUGCAUACGUUAAAAACAUUCUGCUUGUAUCCGAAUAUGUACCAGUCUUAAGGAAGCAGAUACUAGGCCUUAUUAUUGAUCAAAUGGUACAAAUCGACGCACAAAUCCAAAUUGAACUUGACGAAAUAGAUGAAGAUGUUGAAUUCGAAGUAUACAAUAUGAACUUUGAUGAAGAUUAUGAAUCUGAAGCAAGCGAAACAGAAGACGAAGAUGAUAUUUCCGAUGUUGAAAGUGUCGACUCUCAAAGUUCUCAAAUGGAUCCAGACAAGAAAGAUUCAAUUGAAGAAAUUAAAUACAUGAUUCGUAAAUUAGACGCAAUGAUGCAACUCUCAUUCCAAUACUUUCAAAAGUGUGCCCAAACUGCGCCAUCUGAAGUGCUUCACGAGAUAUUCUAUGCUCUAGUCGACAUCUUUGACCGCGCUGUUCUCAAGACACUCAAAUCACGAUACACUCAAUUCCUGUUAUUUUACUUUUGCUCGCUCAACGUACACGAGUAUAGUGAUUACUUCUUGGACCAUCUCCUUCAACACAUCACUGACCCUUUGAAGCCCAAUGUGACCCGUGUUGCUGCGGCUGCGUAUAUCUCUUCGUAUGUAGCACGAGCCAAGUUUUUGGAUUCAAGUACGAUCCAGAGAGUUGUUUUGGCCUUGUCCACUUGGUGUGACGGCUACAUGGACAUGCAUGAAUCAAGUGUGCGCAACUUGGAUUGUACAAAGCACGACGUGUUUUAUGCGGUCGUACAGGCAACGAUGUACAUAUUUUGCUUUAGAUGGAGAGAUUUGGUGAUCGAUAAUGAAUUGGAAAUUGAAGAUGAUAUUGAGGAUGACAUGUACUCUGAAGAACAUCGACAUCUGACACGUCCUGAGCAUGGAUUUGGCAGUGGUGCAUCCCGUACAUGGUGUCUUGGUUUGCGCAACUUGCCUCGAUUGGUGAUGAGCAAGUUCAACCCUCUGAAGAUUUGCUCUCAAGCUGUUGUUCGUCAAUUUGCAAAGCUGGCUCGAAGCACACACUUUAUGUACGUAUACCCUGUUAUAGAAAAGAAUCGAGAGAUCUUUGUCCCUGGCUUAGGAAGUUCAAAUUUGUUGCAGACAGUACAAACAUUCUUCCCAUUUGAUCCUUACAAGCUUGAUGGUAGUAAAGUUUUUGUGGAUAAUAUAUAUUAUGAAUGGGUCGCAGACGACGAAGAUGAAAGUGACGAUGACAGCGACGAGGAUAGCGAAGACGAAGAUGAUGACGAUGAUAGUGUGACGUCUGGCAUGAUGGCUAUGAGUAUCAGUCCUAGUCCUACUACAAAUUAUUUAUCAUGA